UAGUUUACUUCGCAGCCUCCUCCCACCACAAGACCAACCCUCAAAAUGAAAUGCCUGGUGAAAACGGAGAUAGGUAUUUAAAACGUUUAAGCAAUAGUAGUGGACUCACUAUUCAUAAACUCGGCAAAUUCUGUAACCUGACAUCUAACGUUGUUUUCCAAGGACGCGGAGGACACGGAGGGGUUUUUCCAGGAAAGGAUACGUAUCGCAUCCAUUCGAACCACUGCAAGGCAAGCAAGCUACAAUUUACAACAAAGUUUACUUUGAGAUUUCUGGAUAUUCUGCAUGCAGGAGCUCCUGUGAGGUUUCUCUCCACUGACUGACUGUGUGGUGGAAGAAGGGUUGUCCUUGUAAAGAACCAGGAGGAAGGAAGGCCUUCCAGUGGAUACAUCCUGUCCUCUUCUGGAUAAGCUGUAGGCCAGUUCUACUACAGUAUAACUGCAGCAUUAUGAUGCCAGACAGACCCAUUUUACCCCUGUUUCUCCUGGCGUUCUGCUGCUUAGCAUUUGCAGGUCCGUUGUCUCGUAGCCCGUGUGAGCUGCUGCCAGUAGGUGUAGGCCACCCGGUGCAGGCUCUGCUGAAGAGCUUCACGGCCCUGUCAGGCUGUGCCUCCCGUGGAACCACGGGUCUACCACAGGAGGUUCACAUCAUCAACCUGAGGGGCAGCAGCCCUGAGGGGUCAAACGGCACACAUCCAGAGGUGGAGCUGCAUCUGAAGCCCAUCCAGUCCCUGCUGGUUCACCAGAAGCCCCUGGUGUUUGUGCUAAACUCCCCCCAGCCUGUGGUCUGGGACAUCAGGACAGAGAAACUAGCCCUAGGCAUUAAACACACCUUCCAUGUAUCUGGGGGAUCUGAUGUCCACUUCCCUCCAGGGAACUUCUCCCUCCACUGUCAUGUUCAGAAGGAGGUACUUCCCCAUGGCAACGAGCACCUCCUCAACUGGGCCACCAAGAAGUACAGAGCCGUUACCUCCUUCUCCGAACUCAAGAUUGCCCUGGACAUCUACAUCAAAGUGGGAGAAGAUCCAGUGUUCUCCGAUACUUGCAAGAUCGACAACAAGUUUCUGUCUCUGAACUACCUUGCUGGCUACGUAGAGUCCCAGGCCUCUAAAGGCUGUGUCCUGUCUGGACCAGACCAGGACCAAGAGGUCCACAUCAUCGAGCUGCAAGCACCCAACUCUAGUAGUGCGUUCCAGGUGGAUGUGAUCGUUGAUCUGAGGCCGUUGGGGACAGAUGUUCUGUUGCCUCGUGACAUCGUGCUGCUGCUGAAGUGUCAGAAGUCUGUCAACUGGGUCAUCAAGGCUCACAGCAUCAGCGGGAAACUGAAUGUAGUGACGCCAGAUACCAUCAGUCUGAGCCCCAACACAGAGAGGAUGAUGGAGGUGUCUAGGACUCCUAAGCACCACCUCCCGUCUGGCUCUCAGGCCUUGAUCAAGUGGGCAGAGGAUCAUGGUUACGGACCGGUCACCACCUACACCCACACACCUGUAGCUAACACCUUUAACCUGAGGCUCAGGGAGCCAGAACUCUCCAUCUUACGGGACACCAACCCCAUCCUCUCUGGUGGUCAGGGUGGUGCUGCCCCACACUCCGGUGUCCUGCCCUUCACCUUCCCCUUCCCCCCGCUCAUCGAGCAGGGCCUGCCCUACCUGUCCAUGCCCCCCUCCCUGGAUGACCGGCCUUGGCUGGGAGGGGAGCAGGGUGGGGAGCCUGAGGAGCAGCAGGGGAUCCUCAGUGUUGGUCUCAGUGUUCAGUGUGAGGAGAGCAGGAUAGUGGUCUGCAUCGACCGAGAGACUCUGCAGGCCAACGGUUACGCUAAUGUCAACCUGACUCUUCAAGACCCAGAAUGCAAAGCAACGGUCAACUCCACCCACUACACAUUGGUGACCCCAUUGGAGGGCUGUCAGACCACCAAGUACCCCAUGCACCCCGGUCCUAUGGUCCUCUACAUCAACUCAAUCCUGAUAAGUCACGAUGAGCCUAAGGAUGGGAGUGGUGUUCCUCUGGAUUACGAUGAUCUAGAGUCCGGAGACGUUACUUUCCCUUGGGAGACAGAGGUGCUGGAGAGGGCUGCUUUCCUGGAGCCCACCACGGGGCCUGAUCACAGGUCAUCCAUUCUGUUCAACUGCACCUACAGAAAGAACCAGGACACUCUAGGAGGAUCAGGAUCAUCAGGAUCGUUCCCUCGUAUUGCCCCGGCAGCAAAGGAACCGCUCAGCACCGACGUCAUGUUCAACAUGGAGCUGUACAACACCCAUCUCUUCCGUUAUCCGUCUGCCCAGGCCUUCCAUACCGUCUCCAAAAAUAAACAGGUCUUUGUAGAGAUUGGAGCCUUCAAAGUCGACCCAGAUCUUGGUUUCAUGAUCCAGACCUGCUUCAUCUCUGCCAACUCAAACCCCAACAUCGCGUCAGACUAUACCCUGAUCGAGAAUAUCUGCCCUACAGACGACACCGUCAAAUACUACAGUCAGAGAGACCUACCUAUCUCCCACUCCCAGACCGACAGGAAGAGGUUCAGCUUCACCUUCAACUCACACUUCAAUGGAUCGUUGCUCUUCCUGCACUGUGAAAUGUCCGUUUGUUCUAAGAGACCCCACAAUAACCAGGGACUGGCAAUGUGUAUCCAACCGGACGAGGCUUGUACGUCUGUCAACGGAGAGAUCAUCCUAGCCAUGAUGAUGAACACCAGGACUUCUACCAAGACCCUAGUGGUGGUGGAUGAACAUGACAUAGAGGAGGAGGAACCUGUUCAUCCCACACUCACGACAUCACACGACCCUGCUGACCCCCUAGGGGAAACCAUCUUGUAUGUGUUGGACACUCCAACCGUGGUUGGGAUCGCCUUCGCUGCAUUUGUGAUCGGUGCCCUGUUGACCGGAGCCCUGUGGUUCAUCUACUCUCAUACAGGUGAUACAGCUGGGCGACAGCAGCCCCUGAAGCCCCAACCCCCAUCCUCAGAGAACAGCGGUGCGGCCCACAGUAUUGGCAGCACACAAAGCACGCCCUGUUCAAGCAGCAGUACAGCAUAGCCCAGAGGCCAGGCCAAGGCCAUUGGAAAGGAGCCCGACGGGGAGCCCCCUACCCCCCUACAGGGCUACAGGAAGGGCUACACGGGUCACAGGGAACUGGGUUUGUUGACACUUGUUUCCCCUCUGGAUGAAAGGAAUUAUUUUGGGAUGCUUUGUGAAAACAAAGAAGAAGGAUGAUUUAUUAAAGAAGAAAAUAAGAAUAAAAGGAUAAAAAAGGAUUUUGUAAAAUACUAAAAAACAAUAACACCCGUUAAUGUCCUUGGUUAAUUCAAUUUAUUUCAACACAAGUCAUUAAGGCUGUGUGACAGAAAUGCUGUACUACAAGGACUGGUCUGAGAGCGAAACAGUACUAAUUGGUUGUUCCACCAAUUCGGUGCCUUUUGAGUAGUGUAACUUGGUCCAAAAAAACAUUGAUUUCAGCUAAUUUUAACAUUCUGUCAUAAAGAGCACAUGUUCAACAUCAUAAAACACACAUUUUCUAAUCUCAAGAGGUUAAAUAAAAUAAAACAUAUUAGUACAUUAGUAAAGGGUUGACGAUUUCAUCUUAAAUCAGGCAUAAAUUCCCUUCCUUGACAAGGGGGAAUGGAAGCUUGUUGUGUGCAACAGGGAGUGACAAUUGAAUACAAAAUAUUGAAAUUGUCAAAACUUUUCUAGACUCUCUAUCUAUCUAUCUAUAACAGGAUUGACGUGUUAUGCUCGACCCGCUUAGUUUUCCACCACAAAACACCAAAAAUAUCCAAAAAGAGUAGAACCAGCUCACCUGCUUUUCACUAUGAUUUGGUUAUUAGAUGUUCAAUGUUUCUUUUGAAAAAAAUAUUUUAUAAGGAAUAGUUUUACCAUAUUACUACGAGAGUUGAGUUCACGUAACAGGGUUGACAAUAAAAUGAGGGACAGACGUACAGUACCAGUCAAAAGUUGACACACCUACUCAUUCAAGGGUUUUUCUUUAUUUUGACUAUUUUCUACAUUUAACAUUUACAUUUAAGUUAUUUAGCAGACGCUCUUAUCCAGAGCGACUUACAAGUACAUACAUUCAUACUUUUUUGUACUGGCCCCCCGUGGGAAUGAACCCACAACCCUGGCGUUGCAAGCGCCAUGCUCUACCAACUGAGCUACACGGGACUACAUUGUAGAAUACUAGUGAAGACAUCAAAACUAUGAACUAACACUCAUGGAAUCAUGCAGUAACCAAAAAAGUGUUAAACAAAUAAAAAUGUAUUUUAUAUUUGAGGUUCUUCAAAGUAGCCACUCUUUACCUUGAUGGCGGUUUUGCAGUUUUGCCUUGAUGGCAGUUUUUGGCAUUCUCUCAACCAGCUUCAAUUAACAGGUAUGCCUUGUUAAUUUGUGGAAUUUCUUUCCUUCUUAAUGUGUUUGAGACAAUCAGUUGUGUUGUGACAAGGUACAGAAGAUAGCCCUAUUUGGUAAAAGACCAAUUCCAUAUUAUGGCAAGAACAGUUCAAAAAAGCAAAGAGAAAGACAAAGGUCAGUCAAUGCAGAAAAUCUCAAGAACUUUGAAAGUUUCUUCAAGUGCAGUUGCAAAAAUCAUCAAGCGCUAUGAUGAAACUGGCUCUCUUGAGGGCCGCCACAGGAAAGGAAGACCCAGAGUUACCCUGCUGCAGAGGAUACGUUCAUUAGAGUUCACCAGCCUCAGAAAUUGCAGCCCAAAUAAAUGCUAGUAACAGACAGAAGUAACAGACACAUCUCAACAUCAAUUGUUCAGUGGAGACUGCAUGAAUCAGGCCUUCUUGGUCAAAUUGCUACAAAGAAACCACUACUAAAGGACGCAAAUAAGAAUAAGAGACUUUCUUGGGCCAAGAAACACGAGCAAUGGACAUUAAACUGGUGGAAAUCUGUCUUUUAAUCUGAGGAGUCCCAAUUUUUGGUUCCAAUCGCCAUGUCUUUGUGAGAUGCAGAGUAGGUGAACGGAUGAUCUCCACUUGUGUAGUUCCCACCAGGAAGCAUUGGGGAGGAAGGGUGAUGGUGUGAGGAUGCUUUGCUGGUUAAACUGUCAAUGAUUUAUUUAGAAUUGAAGGCACACUUAACCAGCAUGGCUACCACAGCAUUCUGCAGCAAUACUCCAUUCCAUCUGGUUUGCGCUUAGUGGGACUAUCAUUUGUUUUUCAACAGGACACUGACCCAACACACCUCCAGGCUGUGUGAGGGCUAUUUGACCAAGAAAGAGAUUGAUGGAGUGCUGCAUGAGAUGACCUGGCCUCCACAAUCAUACGACCUCAACCCAGUUGAGAUGGUUUGGGAUUAGUUGGACCGAAGUGUUUAACACUUUUUUGGUUACUACAUGAUUCCAUAUGUGUUAUUUCUCAGUUUUGAUGUCUUCACUAUUGUUCUACAAUGUAGAAAAUAGUAAAAAUAAAGAAAAAACAUUGAGUAGGUGUGUCCAAACUUUUGACUGGUACUGUAUAUGAAUCCUUAAUCACCUGAAAUAUAUAAUAAUCUGUAGAAAUGAGUUUAUCAAAGCAAUAAAAUAACUAGAGCUUUACAAUGAUGGUGAAAACUUAGAGAAAUGUUGGGUUUAAGUUGGUUAAAAUCUUCCUACAAGUGACACGAGUUGACGGAGGGACAUGUCAAAAUGAUAAUAUAUAUUCAUUUUAGUUGUUUUAUUCAAACUAAAAAGCUUAUUUAUUGAAUUCUGCAUGUGGUCUAUAUUAAAGAGCAGUUCAUUAAAUAUAACAGGCUUUUACAAUUUUAUAUUGGUGUAUAAUUUCUACUUAAAAUAUCAAAGGGAUGCAAAUGGCACUCAUUUCGUGGAACGACCCUCUAAUACCCAGAACGGCAACAAGGCCUCACAUCUAUAGAGCACUAGAACUGUAGCUACGGGCAAAAAAUAACUGUGAGUGAAUUACCAGCCUUUUAUUUAUUUUUAUACAAAUGCUGCUUUUUUUCUGCAACCACAUCAGAUCAUUUUCUUUGGACCGGAAAUGGUCUAGUUUAUGCUGUAAACAAGCUAGUGUACACCAAUAGCAAUGGAGACAGUAAAGCUGCCUGUCUGCAAACAACAUCUGUGAGUGUUAGCAGGACUAGUGAAAUGACUGUCAACAGGACAACAGGACUGCCUGUUAUCUCCUAUCCACAUUAUAUGUACACUGAACAAAAAUAUAAAUGCAACAUGCAACAAUUUCAAAGAUUUUACUGAGUUAUAGUUCAUAUAAGGAAAUCAGUCAAUUUAAAUAAAUGCAUUAGGCAGUAGUCUAUGGAUUUCACAUGACUGGGAAUACAGAUAUGCAUCUGUUGGAAACAGAUACCUUAAAAAAAUAUAUCACAAAACCAGUCAGUAUCUGGUGAGACCACCAUUUGCCUCAUGCAGUGCGACGCAUCUCCUCGCAUAGAGUUUAUCAGGCUGUUGAUUGUGGCCUAUGAAAUGUUGUCCCACUCCUGUGCUGUGCGAAGUUGCUGGAUUUUGGCAGGAACUGAAACACGCUGUCGUACACGUUGAUCCAGAGCAUCCCAAACAUGUUCAGUGGGUGAUAUGUCUUUUGGGUAUGCAGGCCAUGGAAGAACUGGGACAUUUUCAGCUUCCAGGAUUUUUGUACAGAUCCUUGCGACAUGGGGCCGUGCAUCAUCAUGCUGCAACAUGAGGUGAUGGGGAUGGAUAGAUGGCACGACAAUUGGCCUCAGGAUCUCGUCACGCGAUCUCUGUGCAUUCAAAUUGCCAUCGUUAAAAUCCAAUUGUGUUUGUUGUCCGUAACUUAUGCCUGCCCAUACCACAACCUCACCACCACCAUGGAGCACUCUGUUCACAGCGUUGACACCGCUUGCCCACACGACGCCAUACAUGCUGUCUGCCAUCUGCCCGAUACAAUUGAAACCGGGAAUAAUCCGUGAAGAGCACAUACCUCCAGCAUGCCAGUGGCCAUUGAAGGUGAGCAUUUGCCCACUGAUGUCAGUUACGACGCCGAAGUGCAGUCAGGUCAAGACCCUGGUGAGGAUGAUGAUCACGCAGAUGAGCUUCCCUCAGACAGCUUCUGACAGUUUGUGCCAAAGUUCUUUGGUUGUGCAAACCAACAGUUUCCUCAGCUGUCCAAGUGGCUGGUCUCAGACGAUCCCGCAGGUGAAGAAGCCUGAUGUGGAGGUCAUGGGUUGGCGUGGUUACAUGUGGUCUGCGGCUGUGAAGCCGGUUGGACGUAUUGCCAAAUUCUCUAACGAUGUUGGAGGUGGCUUAUGGUAGAGAAAUGAACAUGAAAUGAUCUGGCAACAGCUCUGGUGGACAUUCCUGCAGUGAGCAUGCCAAUUGCACGCUCCCUUAAAACUUGACACAUCUGUGGCAUUGUGUUGUGUGAAAAAACUGCCCAUUUUAGUGGCCUUUUAUUGUCCCCAGCACAAGGUGCAGCUGUGUAAUGAUCAUGCAGCUUAAUCAGCUUCUUGAUAUGCCACAGCUGUCAGAUGGAUGGAUUAUCUUGGCAAAUAAUAAAUGCUCACUAACAGGGAUAAACACAUUUUUGCACAACAUUUGAGAGAAAUAGGGUUUUUGUGACUAUGGAACAUUUCUGCAAUCUUUUAUUUCAGUUCAUGAAACAUGGGACCAACACUUUACAUGUUGCAUUUAUAUGUUUGUUCAGUAUAGAGAUGCUACCUCCUAUCCUCAUGCUAUUUACAGUAGAUAGGAGAUGGUCAAAUCAACCAGUUGAAUCGGAGAGCAAAACCAGAUACAGUGAAGCAUCCCAUCAUGUGCUAUUAAUCACUUGGAAUGUGAAGGGACUUAAUAACCAAGCAGAGGUGUAAAUAUAUAGAUAGCUAGAUGCCAAGACAAAUGUUAAAGACAAAAGUAAUGUGAACAAUCACUUGAUGAUAACCCUGUUUGUAAGCCAGCUAGUUUUGCAUGCUAUCGGUUAUAGUAGGACUUUGGAAACUCAUCCGUCUAAACUUACUGUUGUUACAAAAUUGUUAAUUAAGUAUCAAUGGUGUUUUUGUUGAUAUUGAGUGAUGUAUGCUUUGUAAUCCUUAGUCUCACAUUUGAUUGGUGUUACACAGCUUGGCAUUAGGCAUUAUGGGUUCUCUUUUACUAUAUACAAAUAGUAUUGUAAAGCUAUGUAUAUUUUUGUGAAUAUUGUAAAUAAUCUAAAAUGUUAUAAGGCGAAAGUCAAAAUAUAAUGUGCAAGGUUGGUGCCUUAGAAGCGUUCUAAAUAUCAUGUUGUUCAAUAAGACAUUGUUAAGUGGCUACAUUUGGCCAGUAUUCCCAAAUAUAUUAUAAUGUUUGUAUCCACUGUGAGGAAACUAAAAUGCUGCAGUGUUGGAUCAUAAAUAUACAGUAUCGUUAAAAGUGAACUUGGGGCACAGUAAUUGGGCAUUACAUUUAAAACUCAAAACAAUGUGCCUUUCUAUCUGGGUCCGACACCACUAGAACUUCGGCUGUUUGUAUUCUGAUUGUACAUAAUAAUAUUGUACACAAUUUCAUACCAAAAUGUGUAUCUUUUGUGAACCUGAUAUGGUUGAGAUUGUGUUAUGAAAAUAUAAGCCAAAAUAGUCAUUGGCUUAUUAUGCAGUAGAUUUGACCCAGAUGAUCAAGUGUAUUUUCUAUAUGUAAUAAAUAUAUUGCCAAUCUUACUCACCAGAGCUCUUGCAUCAAAAUGAAAUAGUUAAAGGCCCAGUGCAGUCAAAAACGUGAUUGUCCUGUGUUUAUAUAUAUUUCCACACUAUGAGGUUGGAACAAUACUGUGAAAUUGUGAAAAUUAUGAUAAUGCCCUUUUAGUGUAAGAACUGUUUGAAAAGACCGCCUGAAAUUUCAGCCUGUUUUGGUGGGAUGUAGUUUUGUCCUGCCUGGUGACAUCACCUGGGAGUAAAUGAGUUAAUAGACCAAUAAGAAAGAGUUCCAAACCUCUCGACCAAUAACAGCUAGUUUUCAGUUUUUCCCUCUCAACUCAGACCACUCCCAGACAGUCAAAAUGAUUGGUUGCGAAAUUGCUCUUUGCUAAAAAGCUAUUUUUGUUUCUUUUUGGCCAUUUUACGUUAAAACAAUCACAGUAAGGUACUUAAUUGUUACCCAGAAAUUAUUUGAUAUUGAGAUAGAAACAGCUGCACUGGACCUUAAACAUUGCCAUAUACUGGCUCCAUCCUGGAAUCCUAAUGGUGUACAAACAUUCUACUACUUAUUAAUGAACUCAUCCUGAUUAUUUGUGAUCUCAAGUAAAACAUUUAUUGUUUCUCUCUGUGUAUAUAGACAUAUGGGCACUUAGAUGUACUGUAUGUAAUGCAUGUUAGCAAUGAGUACAUUCAUUUUGAGUUGUAUUGUGUUGCUUCAGUUGUAAUAUCAUGUGCCAUGCAACGCUAAUGCAAAGUUAAUGCAAAGCCAAAAGAGUCUCACCGUCAUAGAAUCCAUGAAUGUUCUUUGGUGUGUCUUUACUUUUUGUGUUUGGGGGGUUUGAAUAGAAGUACCAUGGUUUUCUUUAAUAGGAGGAAAGGGAUGUUUUUUGGAAGGAAAACAUGUUUGGAAGAGAAAUAGAAAACCCAAUACAUUAGGAAAAUUGACAUUAGACCCUACUUAUGUGUAAUGUAUUUUAAGUGUUGCUUGCUGCAGAUCCUGAUAGAGAAGGUAUGUUAUCUCAAAGCUUUGAGUCUUAGUUGUAUGUUAACAUGUAUAUAUGUCUCCGCAGAGGUAAACAGAGUAUAAAUAUAUAUUUUAAAGUAUUUACCUAGAGCCAAUCUAUUGUUGACUCUUUGAGUACUGUGAAUUUUUUUGUUUUGUGUUCUUUCUAUUUGUUUGCAAAUGUGCAUAUAUUACUUUAUGUAUUUCUGUUUCUAUAAAUGAUGUAAAAAUAUUAGCAAUUUUAUUCAUAUGUGAUGUGUUAAUUAAAGAAAAAUCUCUCACUUAA